GAUGUCUGCCCAGCUUUGUCGAAUGCUACAUCUGGGAGCUCCUGUGGUGAGAUGACGUCAUCAUCCGGCGAUUCAAUGCUGCUUUACUAUUGGUUGUUCAUCAUCGGUCAGGUGUUACAUGGAUGGGGCGGGUCUACCCUCUACACUGUCGGUAUUACGUAUAUGGAUGAGAGUUUACCGUCUUCGACAUUCGGCCUUUAUAUGGGAAUCUUCACCGCUAUGAACGCCGUUGGACCAGCUCUGGGUUACCUGAUAGGCGGCGCCAUGCUGUCAGACCUGUACAAUGAUAUCACAACACCUUUGUCAAGUUUGGACAUCACCCCUGAUAAUCCUGUCUGGGUCGGAGCUUGGUGGUUGGGAUUUUUAAUCAAUGCUGGGCUCAUCUUCAUCUUCGCUUUCCUCAACCUUGGCUUUCCAAAGAAACUACCAGUAAUGGAUAAAAUUUUACAAGAGAAGAGAAACGAAUCUCAAGCUGGUUGCGAGUUCGAAUCCCGGGACGGUUCGUACCUCGAAGUUCUUCAAGACUUCCCCAAGGCUCUUUUAGGCCUCUUCAAAAACCCUCCUUUCAUCUUCCUGUCAUUGAUCGCUACCUGUGAGUGGUUUGUCUACGCCGGCCUUACAACAUUCGGCCCAAAGUUUUUCGAAUCUCAACUCAACAUCUCGUCCGGGGACGCAAGCUAUGAUAUAGGAAUCAUCAGCGUCUCGGCUGGCAUCGUAGGUUCCCUGAUAAGUGGAGUAUUGAUGAAACGACUGAAUUUAUCUGUCAGAGGUCUUUUGAAGCUGAGUGUCAUAUGUGCCGUAGUGUCUCUCCUGUCGCAGUUCGUAUUUCUCUUCCCUUGCCCUGAUAUUCCUUUUGCUGGAGUGACGGUUCCCUAUGGUAAUGGCCAAGGCUCCCUCAAUAGCACAAAUAUUUCAGCACCAUGUCACGGUUCCUGCGCAUGCUCAGAUACAUUUGACCCCGUCUGUGGAGAGGAUGAUAUCCUAUACUACUCGGCCUGUCACGCUGGAUGCUCUGCGCAAGAGCAAACAUUGGAUGGCAAAAUAAAAUACGUGAAUUGUUCGUGUGUUUCAAACCCCGCUUAUCCAAACGGGGACUCAUUCGUGUCUGGGACCGUCGAGAGAGGACGCUGUUCACAAAAAUGUGGCUACCGAUGGUUAUUUUACAUAUUGAUGUUCGUUGCCCUUAUUUCGACGUCGAUGUUAAUAGUUCCAACAUGGGCAGCAACAGUAAGGUGUGUUGAACAUAGUCUUAGAGGCCUAGCUCUCGGUGUCCAAACAGUUAUGUAUGGAGCAUUGGGCAAUGUUCCCGCUCCCGUCGUAUUCGGGCUCCUUAUUGACCGCUCCUGCCUCCUGUGGGAGACAGCUUGCAACGGCUCCCGCUCCUGCUGGCUCUACGAUAACAAGCAAUUCGCCAACUCUUUUUUUCUCCUCACCGUCAUCUUCAAAUCGUCCUCCCUCAUCUUCUGUAUAGCAGCGCUUCUCAGCUACAAACCGGUCUCUGCCGGUGUCCCGACGGAUUCCAGCCCCAGCAAUCUGCCGGAGUUCGCCCGGCGGUUUAGUAGGAAAGUGUCGAUACGGUUGUCCACGAAAACGCGAGGAUCGGUCUACCCCGUGGAUACAUGAGCAGAUCAUUAUAGACUCAUCACAGAGCAUUCGUGGAACGUUGAUUUAAAGGGACCACUACGUCGCAAUUCAUACGUUCGUGAGCAGUUUGCUUUCUCUCGACUGUAGGCAUUGAAAUCCUUUCAUUCGGGAGGAGUGAAAUAAAAAGCAGAGAAACUCGCUUCUCGCGAACACGCAUAUUUCCCCGGACCCGUUUCUUGUCUUGCCAUCCAAUAACGAAGUUUUCGCUUCACGAGGCUCGACGGAUCAAAAAAGAAAAAUCCUAAAAAGAAAUGUAUUAUUGUCAAAAUGUAAAGUGCCCCUCAUGACAAAAAACAACCAAGAAGUCUUUGUCGAAACUUGGUGAAUCAAAACAGCAGUUUCGUCCUGGACUCUGGACAAACGACAUAUGUGCAAUUUUUCGUCAGCCCCUAAGCUUCGGGCGAAACUCCUGUUCCGGUUCACCAAUUUUCGACAAAGACCUUCCAGUUGGACUUUGUCAUUUGAUGGGUAUUUUCAAUACAUUUACUUUGUUCGUGAAUCCGUCGUUCGUCAUGGAAACGAGGACCAUGGACAACAUCAACGUCACCAUCAGCGAAGAAGAAGGGAGAAUCGUUUAUCUAAAAUGCGCGCAUUAACAGUACUUUUAAAACGAGCUUGCAUGCAUUUCCAGUAUUAUAACAACUUGUAUUUCACAAAGACACUAAACAAUCAAACUGCAUGUAACAAUGUCAAUGCUUUUUUGUAUUUGUAAUAUAAUGUUUGACUGCAUCAUGAUAGUAGCUGUUAUUAGCCUUUAAAGGGCAACCAGUGGGUCGAUUAUUUUGUCGUCAUGAGCGGAGAAAAUUUGACAUCAUUAUUAUCUUUCAUUCUUCACUGCUCAGAAAAUACUUUCAAAAUGAUUAAAUGAAUGAAUUUCGAUGUACCUCAUUAGCAAAGAACCUCGCACAUCUGAAGAAACGAAUAAAAAAUAAAAUAACUGACAACGGGCGCGUCGUGGUCUGCGGGCGCGUCGUGGUCUAGUGGUUCUGACUCUCGCCUUUCAAACAGAGGGUCGUGGGUUCGAAUCCUAACCAUGACGUGUUUUCCUUCAGCAAGAAAUUUAUCCGCACUGUGCUGCGCUCGACCUAGGUGAGAUGAAUGGGUACCCGGAAGGAUUAAAUCCUUGCAUGCACUGAGCGCCGGUGACGGUAGCUCGAGCUAAAGCCGGGGUAAUAAUAGCAGCGCUUUGUAUCCUCAGGCAAAAAGCGCUUUAUAAAUACAGCUAUUAUCAUUAUUAUUAUUAAAUCACGAAUAUUGAGAGAGGGUAAUCUCAACAAAUUUUACGCACAGAGGUUUAUUGGGCAUAUGCACCGAUUACGGGUUUUGUUAUUUUUUCCCCACAAGGUUCCUGAAUAAUAUCUUAUAGUGUUUGCCAUAAAGCCUUGACUGUUAUUUAUAUUUUAUGAUGUGUAUUUGCUGAAAACGUCGUUUUGUAUUCGUGUUGUUUUUGUAUAAAUGUAAACCUUCAAACGUAGAGGGCAGCAAUACCGGCAGUGUUGACGCCCCAAUAAGUUCGUUGAUGUACAGAUUGUAAACCAUACCAAAUGUGUCAUAUCUUAUUUGAUUUCUGUAUUUAUGCAAGUGUGAGUUUGUUGUCAUAUAUGUAUAUGGAAUAACUAUGAAAGUAUGAUACUGUAACUGUUAAAAAUAUUCUUUACCAAAGAGGUUGUGGAAAAAGUCUAAAGCUGCAAGAAUCUAGAGUGCAUGGCAUUGUAAAACUUUUGUUAGAGAACAGGUAAUAUAUUUUAUUUCCUUACGAAGAGACCAAAAGGUUGUCAGAUUAUACCAAACGAAGCAUUAUGCUGCAAAACGUGUCAAUAUUUUUAAAGAAGAUGAAUUUUUUCACAUCUGCCGCUUUAUUUGUUUAUAUGAGUUGUUGGAUAAACGUGCGUAGAAAGAAAAUGUUUAGAAGUGAAUGGAAUGGAUUAUUACGGAAGCACGUUAGUGCAACCAUUUAUAUAUAUUUUUAGGAGAAAUUACCCUGCAGCUCCAGUAAAUUUCUCUCGAAAAUUAGUUCACAGGUAGCACUGAAAUGGGCUCCCGUAGAAUAGACUAGAGUUAUAGAGACAUUAUUCAUAAUUGUGAUAUGCGCUAUACAAGAACUGUUUAUUAUUAUUAUUAUUAUUAAUUAAAAUGAUCAGAACCGAUUUUUACUUAUGUCAUCUUGGUAAUUUUUUGAAAUCAUCAGCUGGCCAAAUUAUUAAAAUAGAACGUCAUUCAAAGCAGAUGUCGUUCGUCUCAUUUGUUUUUCUUUUUAGGCAAAAUAUUGUGACAUUUUAAAAAAAGAAUGAAGGGCCACUCUCCGCUACCUCAGGGAUAACUUUACUAAACCAAUCCGAAAAGUCACAAUGAAAUCAAUUAUAUUAUUGCUUGCAUUGAUCUACGGAGAAGAUAAAACAGAAGAGUUUGAAAUCGUCAACGUUAUAAUGAAUUGUAUGAAUUGCAUUUUCAUCAAUUGAAAUAACUGAUAUCCACUUAAAUUCUUUUACCCUCUCAAUAAUAAAAAAAAGUGUUAAAUUUAGCACUUAAGGAGCUAGUGGAGUAAUUACACGUCCUAAAGAGAAAUUUGCGACCCGUUUUUGAGCUCAAUGUUUUAGAUAAAACGGCACUUUCGUCUAAUAUACAAUUGUCUUGUUCUUUUAUAAAAUGUGAUGACAUGAAACUAUACAUUAUACUUCUUCGAUAUGUUAUUGCAAGUAAAUGUAACUAAAUAAAUUAUUUUGCUCUUGUAA